UGACCCCCCGGGAUCUGCUGCACUAAACACUGAGGAAUAAACAGCAGCAGCAGCAGCAGUGAGAAAACAAUCUGUUUAAAUGUUUCUUAUUUCAGCUAGAUGACAUUUUCUGUUGAUAUGAGGGCCUGCGGAUAAAUUAGUGAAAGCUUUACAACAUUUGGGGAAGAUGACGCAGAACAUGUUCCAGGAGGGGUUACACCAGGUGUUUUUGAAGGAGACACCCCCAACCCGCCCACUGACCCAGGUUACUAAUAACGGGGAGCUAGUCAACGGCAGGAUUCACCGUUGGUUUGGGACUGUUGUUAAUACCAGACUUUUAGUCACUGGGGUGGUGCAGAUCUUCAGUGCAUUAGCUUGCAUACUGGCCACAGUCACCCAUGCAUGUGUGAGCUACAACUGCUCUGUCUCCAUGGCAACACCAGUGUGGUCGAGCCUGUUUUAUGUGGCUGCAGGGUGUCUGGCCAUGGAGGUUCAGAGGAAAGCUAAUAAACUAAAGAUCAUCGCUCUGAUGGGUCUGAACCUCUUUAGUCUGCUGUUUGGCUUCUCUGCUCUCCUGGCCAACAGCCUCAGGUCCACACAGCCUGUGGCACUCAACACAAACCAACAGCGAGUUGGUUCAUACGUUGCGAAGGGGAGCUCCAUAGCGUUUACUGUGCAGUGUUUCCUGGCAUCAGUCUACAUACUUUUCCUGUCGUUGAGAGGCAUACGUCGCUACAGUCCUCCCAGUAAUCAGGCCUACAGCCGCGUCACACAGGAACCAGAUGAAAUCAACGGGCCUCUACUGGAACAAGUGGAAUACAAUCUGUGAAACUCAAAGACCUAAAAAAGACAUACUCCUGUCUGCACGGUGUUUUUUUGUAAACUCAGUUACUGUUGUUGAUCGGGGUCUGUAUGGGUGUUAUGAUCAGUUCAGAGGAAAUUGUUUUAGAUAUUGUGAAAUGAUGACCUGACCGAUGCCUCAGUAUCACUUCUCCUUUGGGAUUCCCCAAAACUGGAAUUUCCCAAACGAAGUGCAACAGCAAAGUUUAAACCUACAAAACAUAAACAGCAUGUUAAGCAACUAAUGGUGGAUGUAUACAACACACAGCAAUGAGUCAUUAAAUUAACUCAUAUGCUUGUUUUCACAGCUGAGAAAUCUCAUUAUCUUACAUUGUUAAAACUGAUUAUAGUUUUCAACACUGGAGGGCAGCAUUGCCAGUGAUUUGUCACAUUGCACAGUCUGAUCCACAAAUCAACUCCCUCUGUUUAGUGUAAGAAUAGAUGAUGAAAUUGUUUCACAAACAAACAUAGAAAUUUGAAUCUGUCUGCUGACUACACAUCAGAUACUAGAGGUGCCGGUCUGGGAAAUGAUAUUAUUAUAUUGAAGUGAAGAUGACCGCACACUAAGCUGCAAUGAUUUAACUACCAACGUUUCAACCACACUUCUCAAUGAAACUCAGUGUUUUAAUCUGAUGAUCAUUAAGUGUAAAUAAAUGGUCUGUUUUAGUAAAGCUUGCACUGAUCUCUUUAA